CUCCCUUUGAAAUUCAAAUCUAUUAUCAAUAUGACUCGCAAAGUACCUUUCGGAAGCCGAAUGCGAGAUGCGCACUUCUCUUUCUCGCCCUCCUACACUCCCCUAAACCACGGCUCAUUUGGCGCAUUCCCACGUCCAGUUGCGGAACGACAAAACGAGCUUCAACGACUCGCUGCAGAGCGUCCAGAUACUUUCAUCGUGACAGACCUUCCAAAUCUGAUCGAUGAAUCACGGGAAGCAGUUGCGCCCUUGUUGGGAGUGCCCGUAGACGAGGUCGUAUUUGUACCCAAUGCAACGACGGGUGUCAAUACCGUUAUGCGGAAUCUGAAAUGGGAGACGGGAGAUGUGAUUGUGCAUUUCAGUACUAUUUAUGGGGCUUGUGAGAAGACUAUUGCUAGUAUUGGGGAGAUGACGCCGUUGGUGCCAAAAUCAAUUCUCUUAGAGUAUCCAGUUGAGGAUGCAGAUAUUCUGAGGAGGUUUAGGGAAAUGGUGAAGAAGGUGAGGGGCGAGGGUGGGAAUGUCAGAAUUGCCAUGUUCGACACCGUUCUAACGUUCCCUGGGGCUAGGAUGCCGUGGGAAGAGCUCGUCAAAGAAUGCAAGGAGCUUGGUGUGCUCAGUCUCAUUGAUGGUGCUCAUGGCAUAGGGCAUGUCGAUUUGAUGCAUUUGGGGAGCGUUGGUCCCGAUUUCUUUGUGAGCAAUUGUCAUAAGUGGCUCUACACUCCUCGUGGCUGUGCAGUAUUUCAUGUGCCGGUUCGGAAUCAACAUCUGAUACGAACUUGCCUACCCACAUCUCACGGCUAUCACUUCCCAGAAGAAGUACCUGAUCCAGAUGAGAAGUCUCCAUUCGUUCACCUCUUUGAGUUCGUGGCCACAAUUGACUAUACUCCGUAUGUCUGUGUCCCUACAGCAAUCGCGUUCCGGAAAGAGUUCUGUGGUGGCGAAGCUGCAAUCCGUAAAUACUGCUGGGAGCUCGCGCGUGUUGGCGGAAACCGAGUGGCUGAGAUUCUUGGAACAAGCACCAUGAAUAAUGCAACCAAGACGCUCACCAAUUGCUGCUUUUCCAACAUUGAGUUGCCGUUGACCUUCAAGCGCGAUGGAAGUCAGAAGCAGAAAGGAGAGUUCGAGAUCGAUGAAACAUCGAAGAUUCAGAAAUGGCUGAAUGCAACGGCUGUCAAGGAGUUUGAUACCUACCUGCAAAUUGCUUUUCACGCCGGAGUCAUGUGGGUAAGACUGAGCGGACAGAUCUAUCUCGAGCUAAAAGAUUUCGAGUGGGUUGGCUCCAAGCUGAGGGUCCUCUGUGAUAGACUUACGACUGGGGAGAUUAAGCUGUGA